AUGGACAAUAUAAUCAUGGAGAUUUUAAGUAUUACAAAAGCCACAGUAAAAGUAUUAACUACUAACCACUUAAUAAAUUACUCUCUAGCUGAACCCAUUGUGAGGAAGGAACUUCAUAACAUGCCUGAUGGGUCUGUGUUCAUCUAUUGCCUAGUAGGAGACAAAGCCUACUGGAAAGAUCCCAACAAUGAAUUCAGAAAGAAUCUGAAACUAACAGGAGUGCCUACACUACUUAAAUAUGGAACACCUCAGAAGCUGGUUGAAGAAGAAUGUUUUAAGGCAGAGCUUGUGCGGAUGUUGUUUACUGAAGAUUAAAUCUUCUAGUUGUCAAUCAUU